UCGGCUCAGGCAGCCCCGCCAGCCCUCCCCUCUUCCCCUUCCUUUCCGAGUCUGCCGCCACCACCAAAGCCCUGAGCCAGAGGAUCAGCAAAGGCCCUCUUACCCUUCAGCAGCCGACGAAGAGCCUUUCUGCGACUUUCCAUUACUAAUCACGGUUUAUCUACCCCACCCCUAGCCCAGAUAUCUUGAUAGGCAUUGCCUUUCCUCCAAAAGGAUAGCGUUUGUUUAUACCUUUUGCUAUCCCUCCCCCCAGCACACGCACACCAAAAAAGAGAGCGGGCACUCACCUUGUUCCUUUUAAACGCUUGGCAGAGAGUCCCUACUUACCUGUGAGGCAUUAAUUGCUCUCUGGUUCUUACCACGCACACCCAGGCACCCGUUUCUGUAAAAGCGGGCAGCUGUGAGGUUUAUUUCCCUCUGCAGCUUGACGCUAGUCCUUUUAGCCCUCUUCUGCCAGUUAUUUCUGUUUAUGCUGCAGGUGUUUUUAGUCUACACGCACACACUACUCAGACGGGACUUUUUCCUGUUACAAUAGCUCUUGCUUUCACAAGGAAACUGUGCAUUUCCUUUCCUGGGCCUCUGGAGCAGACGUUGGCCCCAUUUUGUUUCUUUUCUGUUGGACCUCUUUCUAUUCUGCAGGUGUUAGUUCCAAUCAGUCCUUCUUCAACCAUUAUACUAACACUCCAUUGUUUACCCCUACUGGAUAAAAACGUAACAGGCAAGGGAGCAUUCCACAUUUUCCAGACCAGCAAAAUAUUUCCGUGCCCUGCCAAAUCUUCACAGAAAUUGACCCAAGCCCAGUUAAAGUAGUGCCCUUUUUGUCUUGCUCACUCUCCUCCAACCCUCAGUAAAGGUUCUAUUGUACCAAAAAGGCAGGGGUCCUCCCUGCAUCCUCCUCCAAGUGAUCCCAUUCAUCAUUCAUGGUCUCAUUGCACCAUUGCUGGGAGGAAAGGGUCUGGAGACCUUGGGAGCCUUUUCUUGCCAGGUGAGGGAAGGUGAAAAAGAGACAGGAGGUGACCCCUCAGUAAUGACUCCAUGAGAAGGGAAGAAGGAGAGCUCUCCCUGACAGAAACCUAUCACGCUUGCCUGGCCAUGGAGUGUGUACAAGUCUCCCCCAUGCAGCAGCAACAAGGGAAAGCUGCUGAGGGGGACCACCUCAUGCUGCUGCUGCCCCCUCCUGCUGUGCAGAAGGAAGAGGAGGGCCUGCUAAGGGCUUCUGAUCCUUGGGUUGUCUCUCGAGUGGACGGCAGUCAAGGUGGGACAAAACUUCAAGAGGCUUUGGACUUUUCAGCACAUCUUCAGAAUACAGAAAACCUCACGCACAGCCCUCCCACGCUAGGGAGCCAUCCCAGCAAAGAGAUGGUGGGCAAUUCUACUGCAUGUUCUUCAAAGGAGGAUUUGAAAGAUACUGAGCGCUGUGAUCUGGCAGAGGAGCAGUUGCAGCCAUCGGGGAAAGAGACUUUGAGCCAUCCGCUACAGGAAGAGUCGCUGGCAAAUAAGGUGGCCUGUAAUAAUCCUCCUUUGGCCACAGCUGCCGGAGAAUGCCUUACGGUUGCUGAAAAAUGUUCUCAACAGAACAACUGUUUGCAGGAAAAAUUGGACUCCUCUUCUCAGAACUGUUGUCUAGGCUUGGAAGCAACAAGUAGGGAGAGUCCAGAAGAUGACCAAACAAGCCAUGGUUCUCUGCCUGUUGAUGAUGGGAAACUGAAGCCUGGUGUAAAACAUGUCACAUUUCCUUCCGAUGAAGACAUUGUGUCUGGGGCUGUGGAACCCAAAGAUCCUUGGCGUCAUGCUCAGAAUGUGACUGUGGAAGAAAUUAUCACCGCCUACAAGCAAGCCUGUCAGAAGUUAAACUGUAAACAGAUACCCAAACUACUGAAGCAGAUCCAGGAAUAUAAAGACUUGACUCCCAGGAUAGAGUGCCUGGAUCUGAAAGGCGAGAAGUUAGACUACAAGGCUUGCGAGGCCCUGGAAGAGAUUUUUAAGCGCCUCCAGUUCAAAAUAGUGGAUUUGGAGCAAACGAACCUAGAUGAAGAUGGUGCCUCGGCGCUGUUUGAUAUGAUUGAGUACUAUGAGUCAGCCACACACCUCAACAUCUCAUUUAACAAACACAUCGGCACACGAGGUUGGCAGGCAGCUGCGCACAUGAUGAGGAAGACAAACUGCCUCCAGUACUUGGACGCCCGCAACACCCCUCUGCUCGAUCACUCGGCACCGUUUGUGGCGCGCGCCUUGCGCAUCAGCAACAGCCUGACCGUGCUGCACCUGGAGAACGCCAGCCUGUCGGGGCGGCCCCUUAUGUUGCUAGCAACGGCUCUUAAAAUGAACAUGAAUUUGCGGGAGCUUUACCUGGCUGACAACAAGCUGAACAGCCUCCAGGACUCUGCUCAGCUGGGCAACCUCUUGAAGUUCAACUGCUUUAUACAGAUCCUGGACCUGAGGAACAACCACAUCCUGGACUCAGGCCUGGCCUACAUCUGCGAGGGGCUGAAGGAGCAGCGGAAAGGCCUCGUCACCCUGGUGCUGUGGAACAACCAGCUGACUCACACCGGCAUGGCUUACAUGGGGAUGACGCUGCCUCACACUCAGAGCCUGGAGACCCUGAAUCUGGGACACAACCCCAUCGGCAAUGAAGGUGUCCGCAACCUGAAGAACGGGCUCAUCAGCAACCGCUCAGUGCUGAGGUUGGGCUUGGCGUCGACCAAGCUGACGUGUGAGGGCGCUGUGGCAGUGGCGGAAUUCAUCGCGGAGAGUCCCCGGCUACUUCGGCUGGACCUUCGGGAGAACGAAAUCAAGACCGGAGGGUUGAUGGCCUUGUCUUUAGCCCUGAAAGUCAAUCACUCGCUGCUCAGGCUGGACCUCGACAGGGAGCCCAAAAAGGAAUCGGUGAAGAGCUUUAUCGAGACGCAGAAGGCCCUCUUGACGGAGAUCCAGAAUGGCUGCAAGCGCAACUUUGUCCUUGCCAAAGAGAAGGAGGAGAAGGAGCAGCAGCUCCAGCAGUCCGCCUCCAUGCCCGAAAUCACCAUCACGGAGCCCCUCGAGGAGGGGCCGGUGGAGGACGAGGGGCAGAACGGCGACAUGGCGCCCACGCCGGAAGAGGGGGAGGAAAUCAGGGAGGCGCCGCCCUCCCAGGAGAAUGGGGAGGCCGACAAGAGAGCUGGUGGCGACGACGAGUCCUCAGACUCCGAUUCGGACACAGACGAAGAAGAGGAUGAGAAGCUGGUGAUGAAGGCUCUCCCGCCGUCGCCUCAGAAGCUCAGCAGCCCUGAUCACGCGGGCGACUUGCCCAAGCCACCUCCCCCAAAGACCAGCGGUGUCCUUAGCCCCGAAAGCAGGGUGCUGCCCCCCUUGAACACUACGGAAGAAAUAAAAUGUGAAUCUCGAUUGGGAGUCACCAGUGGGCCUCUAGCCCAGGCCAGCUCUCCCGGGAACGAGAGGAGGAUCGCGGUCUCCAGCCCUGGGCGAGGCCACAAAAUAUUUGUCGUUACGCGGGUGGAGAGCCUGCCGGAGAAGGCAGCGCCAGGGGGCGCUGAUACGCGGCAAGAGGGGAGCCCUCUUCCUCCACAGGCUUCUCCGCCAAAGCCCAGCGACCCCCCAGCCCCGCAGGCUCAGCCGGCAAAGACUGAAUGCUCAGACGGACAAGCGCCUGAGGCUGCUUCCAAGCGGGCGGCUGGCUCAGAAACCUCUCCCUCCACACCAAGCCCUGUUUUGGGGGCAGAAAAGAUGAACUCUGGGCCGUGUGAGAGCGCUGUUCACAGCUCUCUGCUGCCCAACGGACUAAGGAUGGAGUUUGUUCAUGCACUACCAGAUGCUCCCUCAGGGCAUGAUGGGAAAAUGGCCAGUUGCUCUGUAGAACAUGAGCUAAACUGUUCCAAGAACGAGAAGGAGCUGGAGGAGUUACUUUUGGAAGCAAGCCUAGAGAUGGGGCAGGAGCCAAUGUGACGCUUUAGUUCUGGGCCAUUCCGCAUCCAAUGGGGUCUCUUUGGGGAAGCGCCUGCCUAGCUUUACCUCCUCCCUUCACCACGUGAUUCCGAAAACAACAACACCACCGC